AUGGAGAAUUAUACAAAAAAAAUUACCCAUCGUAGAGGUCAUCGUCUGCAGUUGAGUUGCGUGUGCGGAGGCGUCGAGCGCCUCGGGCCCCAGCUUUUCGCCAGCCGACAGCUUGCUCAGCGCCGCAAAACGCACAUUACACAAAGUUCCACGUAUCACCGAUCACCUUUUCAAUUUACGCCUUCCAAAUACACCAAAUCUCAGCAUACUUCAGCAACAGCACUACGCGCGAUCUGCGGAGACGGACACGGGGGAUGA